GCGCGACGCCUAACAUGAACCUGCCCACCGAUCUAUAGCCCCUUGCCUUAUCGCCCUACGAGUUUGAACAGUCCCCGCUCAAGAUGUCUGCUGCCGAAGCAAUCGAGCAGUCCAACGCGAUGAACGAACCCAUUUCCCCGCGUCAGGACGCGCCGCCCAUCCAGCAGGCGAUCCAGACCCUCGGUGCCCUCAACCCUCUCAACUCUCUCGACAUGCCGGCCGACCCCGAUGCUCAAGCUACCGUAACCGAUUUCCUCGACUUUACCGAAUACCUUCCAGCAGACAUAAUGCGCUCCCUCACCCUCAUCGGCAAGCUCGACGAGACCCACGUCAACGCGUCCACCAAAGUCCACGAACUCGCCACCAAAUGGUCUCAACUACCCAACAUCCCACCCCCCGAGCGGACCAGUGCCGUCAAUGUGCGCGCCGACAUCUCCGAACAGCUUCAGCAAGGCAUGAAUGCCCGUGUCUCCGCCCACGCGGAAGCUGUACGAAUGGAUGGAGAGGUUAAACGACACUACAGUCGCAUCAAAACCAUUCUCGCCAAGCUGGAGACCAUGUUGGAGAACUACCCGCCCCCAGAAGAGAUCAAGAGUCCUGUUGCAACGUUCAAGUCGCCCCAGGCAGCGGCAGGGUCGAAGGCACCCCUGAGACUGGAUGGUCACAAACCUCGACGACAUGCGAUCCCAAGAAUCACAGUCCCUGGAGAAGUUUUGGCGCCAUACGAGCUCAACUAUGAGCCGUUUACCAGCGACAGCGAGAGCAGCUCCGAGGACGAGGAUGUGGCAUCUCUGUCCACCAGCCGUGUGACCCCAGCACCCCAGCCACGUAUCAAGGUUGUGAAGGCUCCUGCCCGUCCCCCUAAAGCUGGAAAGGCACCCAAGCCAAGAACAUCCGUACCUCCGCCGCAUGUUCCGGGGGGCGAGCAGCCGCUAUCUACGAGCGCUGCGCUGGCACAGCUGGGUCCGCCUCCAGUGAACCCUGUCAUCGGCGGCCCGGACGCUCCUUGGGGCCAGCUUACACCAUUCGAACUCGCCAAGCUGAGAAAGAAGAUGAAGAAGAAUGCAGCAUGGACCCCCUCCGUUACCAUGAUCGCUCGAGAACUCCAAGCGUUGGGCCGCGGCUAUGAAGCCUUUAAAGCUGCACAGCAAAAAGCGGAACAAGAGGGAAGGGUCUUUGAAGGAAAGAUGCCUGUCCCGGUCAAGAACCCUACCACUGGAGAGAUGCAGAUGCCCGUGGGCGCGGUCUCGGAAGAGGCUUUGGCUGCAGACGAGGCGAAUACCUAUAAUCGCGGCAUGAAGUUGAACGAGGCCAAGAAACUCAAGAGAGUCCAGUUGGCACACCAGGCUGCGAUUGAGGCCGAAGAGUCGGCGAAGCUCCUGGACAAUGUUGCCCGGAUAUUGAUGAACAACUCGCAACCUGCCAUUGCCCAACCAACCCCAACACCUACGAUAGUCAACAACAGCCGACCCAAGCAACCAAAGAAGCGCAAGAGGGAGUCUGUCAUCGAGGCCGAUGCGACGAAACCAGAGUCGCAGAUCAAGCGGAUGAAGAACGAGACUCCUGUCCCUACUCCGCAGCUAAAUCUUCAACCACACCAGAGAACGGCAGUGCCUACACCUGUCUUGCAUUCUACAACCCCCAUCCCUCUCCCCAUUCACGCCCAAGAUCACUCCAGCGCUGCCAAAUCUAGUGCCUCAGUCGCUUCGGCGACAUCUCCCGCCCCAAGCAGCAUCGCCGGUAGUUCCAGUGCGGCUCCUCCAGUUCCGCCCAUAAAGCUACCACCCGCUGAGACCCCGAUCCCGCCGCCGUUACGGUCGCCCAGAAAGUCUACAACUCCGAUUCUUCCUCCUGUUAGAGAGACUAGGAAGACGCAAAUGACUCGCACCCAAGAGCAGCAGCAACAACAACCGACAACACAACCGCAACCGCAAUCACUGCAACAGCAGCAGCCGCCGCCGCCGCAACCGCUGCCGCAGCAAAACCAACCACAACAGAAACAACAACUACAGGUGCAGCAACAGCAAAAGGAAAUACAAAGUGCGUCUCGUGUAACAACUCCAGCUGCAGAUGUACCCAGUCACACACCAGAUCAAGAGGAACUAGCAGUAUCCACAACGGUUACUGCGCCUCCCAGUGUGGCAUCAACCACAUCUAUUCGUCGCAAGGCUUCUAGUUUAGAACCCCAGGCUUCUCUUGCAUCAGAACGCCCUCGUCGCACAAGUACUGCCCGGAACACCCCUGCACCAGACAAGGCUCCGGCAGAGACGACCACAACCACACGGACGACCGGAAAGCGAACCAAAAGACCAGCGCCAGGUGUUAUUAGUCGGACUGUGAGCGGCGGCAAUAGUGCUGUUGGGAAACGAAAAGCCGCGCCGAAGAAGAGCGCCCGCACCGGGAAGGGUAAGGACAAGGCAGCUGUGGAAGGUCGACAAACAGCGGCGGCAGUAGCAGCAAUGACAGCCGCCGCCGGAGCCAAAAACGAGAUGGAAGUUGAGGUGGAUGACGAGGGAAACGUGAUCGAUCCCGACGAGCCGAGGUACUGCCUAUGCAACCGUGUGAGCUUUGGGAUAAUGAUUCAAUGUGAUAACAUCGAUGUGAGUAAACAACCCAACAAGAAGAAGAAGUCAGCAUCAAAAAAAUCCGGCAAGGCCGCAGCAAGUCGAGGUUCGGCAACUUCUACGUCUACUAUGUCCAUUUCCACAAGGUCAAAGACCGACGAAAAAGGUCUCAGGCGAAAACAGGAAACAAAGGAGGAUGUGCAUGAAGAAGAACAGGACGAAGAGCAAGCGCCCAACAAGGAAAAUGCAGAAGAAAACGCAGAGAGCUAUCCCUCUCAGACGGGAAAGAAGAGGGUGAGAAUCGCCCGGAGCCAGUGCUCGAACAAUUCCGAAGACAAAGAGGAUGGAGAGAUUUGGGGAGGGAAUCAGAACAACCAAAAGAGACACAAGGCUAACGAUGUUGUCAAUCCACAGAAAUGCCAGCAGGAAUGGUUCCAUCUCGAAUGCGUAGGACUCACCGCGAUUCCGGCGAGGACGACGAAGUGGUAUUGUCCCGACUGUCGCAAGGCGCUCAACAUUGGCGAGAAGGGCGAAGUCAGUGCUAGAGGCAUCAAGGCCUAGAGAACUGAGGCGUUAGUGCCUAC